AUGUCAAUAACACAUGAAUAUUUAAGAAAGUAUUCUUAUAAUCGAUGGAAGAAUUCAUCAAGACCCAUUUAAGAGAUAACUUAAUUAAGAAAAGAAAACAAUCCAUCUAUUGUAGAUAUACAUUAUGAAACCCAAGAAUAAUUUCAAAAAUUAAAUCCAGAAAUUCAUGUCUCUUAAGAAUAUCCUAGUGAAAAUCAAUUGAUUGUAUCUAAUUAGAUUUAACAAUCUAAUUCAUAUGAUCCUAAUCAUGCAUUUACAAAUACAGAAAAUUAAAAAAAAUCAUAGAAACAUAAUAUAUUUCAACCACUUCCAAACAGUAACCUCUUUCAUUAAUCCCUUAAGAUUCAAAAUUUAAAAGGAAAUAACUUUGUAAUAAAAGAGCAAUUCAAUAUCCGAAUUGAUCCUAAAAACUAAACUAAGUUUAAUAAAUCUAUCUAAUUAAAUGAAGAUUCUCUUAAAUAAUCAGUUCCUUAAAUGCCAUAAAAUUAAUAUCUCUUUCUAUAAACUAAUUAAAUCUCUUAAUAUAUUGAAUUAUCUUAAUAAGUUGAAUAAUAAAAUGAAUUGAAGGAAGUAAAUUAAGAGUUAUAAGAACAAGAAUUAUUUCUUGAAUCUAAAUAGGAAUUUUAAUUCAAAUCUGAUUUUCAAUCAUCUCAUCCUAAAUAUGAAGCAGAAGAACAACAUUUUCCUUAAGUAGUACAAAUGGAUGUUGAUUUUAAUAAAGAUGAAUAUCUAAAAAUAAUUGAUGAUUACAUUGAAUUUAUUAAAAUUACUGAAUACAUUGAUGUAUAAUUAAUUGAAUAAGAAAUCUUAAAAUAACAACACAUUUCUUCAUAAAAAUAAUUUAUGUUUAGAAUUGAUCCCCUAAUUACUAGUAUGCUUUUUGAAUAAAUACCAAAUAACCCUUAUUAAAAAGAAUCCAAUUAACCUUAUAAAAAGAUGGAUUAUGUAGAUUUUUAUGAUGCACUUAAAAAUUAUAAAAAUCAAUUAGAAAGAGAUUUAUAUAUUCCAGAUUUAAGUGAUUUUAUGCAUUAUCAAUUAUCUUAGCAAACAUUUAAUUUCUUAGAAAUAAAAAGAUAAUAGAUUAAAUGGAGUCCAUCACUUUUUAAAGCAUUAUAAAGUAGUAGAAAUGAAUUAAUUACAUUAUUCUCUAUUUACAAUCAAAUAAAAGUGCCAGAUAUUGUAUUGUUUGAUUAAGAUAUUGAUGCAUUUAAAAUUUAAAUAAAGUAAAUAGGUUCUAAUUAAAUAAAUAUAUUUCAAAAUUUGUUUAGAAAAUAUAAAGAAAAAACAAUAAAAAAGUUGAAAGACUUAAAAGUAAUCAAUUAAUAAAUGAAUAAAAAUAAAUCAAUUUUAAUUUAAUCAAAAUAAGAACAUUAGUAUUAGAAUUAAGAAUUUUAAAAUCAAUUAGAUGAAUUUAGAAAUAAAUUAAAAGAAUAUUCACAUAAAUCACCUAUUGAUUUUAAAUAAGCAAUGAGUUUAAUCCAAAAAUUCAAUAAGUACUUCAUUAUUAUAUAUUAGUAUUUAAUAAUUUUUUAUUUAGAUAAAAUAGGAAGAACAUAUUCUUCAGAAAUAAGGAAUAUAUUAUAUUCCAAUAACCUUUAAUUAAGAAUAGGAAAUGAUGAAAAUAUUUGAUUUGAUGUAUAUAAAUCUUAAACAAGAAAUAUUGAAAACUAAAACUUUAUUAACAUUACCAAUAGGAGAAUUUGCAUGGGAACAUCAAUUAUAAUAAGAAUAGGAAGCAUUGAAUAAAAUAACAAGGAGACUUUGUCUUCUUAAUUAAUUUUAUGAAUAAUCCAUUUAGAAAUACUAAACUGAAUAUUAAUUUAUUAGAUAAUUAAAAAAAGGAUAACAAAUUAUGAAUGAUAAUAUAAAUGUUUUAGUCUAAUACUUAGAUAUUAAAAAGGUUAUUUAGAAUUAAUAGAUAAGUAUAUUCGCUUAUCCAAAAUUAUAAUUACAAUAAAUAACAAUUUAAACAUUAAAUUAUCAUGAUUUAAUUUUUUAAACUAACAAUAGAGUAAUAGCUAUUCAGUAAUUAAAUUAAUAUCAAUUCAUUGAAGAAUUAAAGUAGAUUUUAUCUUAAAAAAAUUAUUCUUCAGUUGAAAUCUCUUUAUUGAAAAUGAAAAAUUAGUUAAAUUCCCUUAAAUUUUCUAAAUUAAUUUAAGAUGAAAUUAAUUUAUUACAUACUUAUAUUACUUAAGCAUUAUGUUUUUUUCCUAAAAAUGUAAUUGAUAUCUUUGUUCAGACUAAUACUUAUGAAGAACUUGAAUUAUAACUGGGAAAUAUUGAGUAAUUUGAAACUUUGGAAAAUGCUAAUUUGGAAAGUCAAUCAAAAGAGUUAUUUGAAAUUUUUAUGACAUUUUUUGAGUCUAAAAUAUAAAACUAAUUCGAUGAAAUAUUCAUUCAAUUAUAUGAUAUGAGUAAAGAAUAAAAUAGUGAUUGGAAUCCAAUAAAAUUAGCUAAAAGAAUAGAUUUAUUAUAUGAAUAUUAAAGGGAAGAUAUUGAAAGCAAUUAAUAUGUAAAAAAAGAAUUAAUUGAUUAAAUUAUUGAUUAUCCAGAUUUAAGAUAUUUAUUUUAAGAAGCAAGGUCACUUUUUAAAUAAAUAAGAGAAAUACUUGAAAAGGAAUAAGAUAUAGAAAAAACUAAUUAAACUAUUUUGAGUUUGAUUUUAGAUUUUGAAGCUCCAGAAGGAAUAGAUUAAAAUUUGAUUGAUUUAAAACCUUUAGAAAGAUUUCAUAGAAAUUUUAAGAAAUUUGAUAAAUUUACACAAUUAAAAAAUGAAAUUAUAAAUUUAGGAUUAAUAUUACAAUAAGAAUAUGGUUAAUAUUUAUUAUGCUGUCAAAGUAAAAUCAUUAAAUUAGUUGAUUGUAUUGAAUUAAAAAUAAAUACAUUAGAUAAAGAGAUUUUAGAUAAUAUUUAAUUUAAACCUCUAAAUUUUAAUACUUCAGUACCAAUCUAUGAAUUACAUACAUUAUUAAAUUAUCGUUAUUCUGAUUUUUAAUCUAUUUAAAUUUAAAAGUUUGAAAACAAUUAACAAAGAAAAAUUGUAUUAUUUUCAUAAAAAACAAAAUAAAAUUUUGAUGAAGAUAUUGAUAUAGUCUUAGAAGUAAUUUAUGAUAAAUCUAAGGUUCAUAAUAUUGGAAUAUAUGUUGAUCAAUAAUUAUGUUUUUCAUGUUUAUGA